GGGCCUAAUGAAUCUUAAUUGGCUUCUGAUGGCCUGCCUGGUGGGACCUCAAGGGAGAAGCAGGCUGGGCCCACCAGCGAACCUUUUCGCUGCCGCCACACAUCUGCGCCGUCGCGUCUUCUUCCGUUGGCCUCAUCCGGCUUCGGAAAGGCACCGCCCGACCGCCGCACCUCCAUCCACCUGCAGUCCUGCAGCUUCUUCAGUGCAGGCAGGGCCCUCUCCUUCUCCUCCAUCCUGGAGCAGCGGAGGAGCUCGCCAACUGCGCUUCUUCUGUUCGCUGGCGAGGAAUUUCAGUAUGCUGCAAAUGACCAUGCCAUCGUUCGCCGUAACCUCCCCUUCAUCGCAUGGCGGUACCUUAUCGGUGCUCCAUGCUCGUCAUUCUCAAAGAUUGCACAAGAGACACAUUCGGAGCCAAGUCCGGGCAGUGGCGCAAACACAACUGCAGUACCAGAAACUGGGAGAUUCAGACCUCCUUAUUAGUGAGGUCACUCUUGGAACGAUGACUUUUGGAGAGCAAAACACAGAGAAGGAAGCGCAUGAUAUGCUCUCUUAUUCUUUUGAUAAAGGGGUCAAUAUCCUAGACACAGCAGAAAUUUACCCGCUUCCAUUCAAAAAGGAAACUCAAGGGAGAACUGAUCUUUACAUUGGCAGGUGGAUGCAACUGAAGCCACGAGACAAGAUAAUUUUGGCCACCAAAGUUGCCGGCUAUUCAGAGAGGUUUACAUUUCUUCGGGACCAUGCAGAAGUGGUGCGUGUUGAUGCUUCCAAUAUCAAAGAAAGUGUUGAAAAGAGCCUUAAGCGCCUAUCAACAGACUACAUUGAUUUGCUCCAGAUACACUGGCCAGAUAGGUAUGUGGCACUAUUUGGUGAAUUUAGUUAUAAUCCAACCAAAUGGAGGCCAAGCUUCCCUUUUGAGGAACAAUUGAAGGCUUUCCAGGAGCUAAUUGAUGAAGGAAAGGUUCGCUAUAUUGGUGUUUCCAAUGAGACCUCAUAUGGAGUAAUGGAGUUUGUACAUGCUGCAAAGGCUCAAGGCCUUCCGAAGAUCGUGAGCAUCCAGAACUGUUAUAGUCUGCUUGUGAGAUGCUGCUUUGAAGCUGAUCUUGUUGAAGUUUGCCACCCGCAUAACUGCAAUAUUGGACUGCUUGCCAACUCCCCAUUGGCUGGUGGGGUUCUCACUGGGAAGUAUCUUGAUGCUGACACAGGAAUCUCAAAGGGGAGCAGGCUAAAUAUCUUCCCUGGAUUCAUGGCUCGCUACAAUGCCCCUUUGACUCAAGAAGCGACAAAUGAAUACAUAAGGCUUGCCAAGAAGCAUGGGCUAACUCCAGUCCAGCUUGCCCUGGGCUUUGUGCGUGACCGCCCAUUCACCACUAGCUCCAUCAUUGGAGCGACCACCAUGGAUCACUUGAAGGAGAACAUCGAUGUUUUUACCAGCGCUCCACGCCCUCUACCACAAGAAGUUCUUGACGGCAUUGAUGAUAUUUUUAAGAGAUACAAAGACCCAGCAAUCCUCUAGCUGUUUAUUCACUGUUUUGAUGGAAAGAACCAGCAAUCCUCAAACAAUACAAAGACCCGGAAAGCAUAUUACAAUCUAUGAUCAUACAGUUUCAUUCAUGUUGACACAAAAGGAGAAGGGAGGAGGUGUUGGCGAAGGCCGGUCAGACAAGGAAUUAUAUAGGGCCUUCUGGUUAGCCAGAUAUGGUCUGGCCUGCGGUAUGUAAGCAGGUUGUGGUUGUUUGGUAGCUUGGAGGUUGGCCAGAUAUGGUCUGGUUGAUUGUAGAUGCACCCCUCAUCAGUGGCGAAGCUAGAGCAAAUUGGAGGGGGGUGCACGUAGCUUGUGGGUGCAUAGGUAUCUUCUGUACAGGGUGCAUAUAUGGUGAAAUUUUGGACAUAAUAACUGUUUUUAUAAAUUUUGGAGGGUGCAUUUGCACCCCCUAAUUAUUA